AUGUACACACCUACACCAGCAUCGCAGCCUCAGCCGAAACAACCUAGGCAACAGCCGGCACAGUAUGCACCUCAACAACAAGCACCGCCGCCUGCCUAUAACUAUCCACAUCAAGGAUAUGGGUCAAUGGGACAAAUGGGACAAAGUGGUAUGGUACCGAUGGAUGGACGGACCAUGCAACAACAACAGCAACACCAACAACAGUUGCAACAUCAACAACAACUUCAACAACAACAGCAACAACAACAACAACAACACCAAGCUAAUAUGGGAAAUAUGAUGGGCCGUCAAAUUGGACAACAACAGGCUGCACCUGUACCAAUGGGGUCUAUGGGAAUGGACAAUAGGCCAAUGAACGCCCAAAUGAAUACUCAAAUGCCAGCUAUGGAUAAUAGAAUGGCAGGUCAACAACAAAUGGUCGGAAACCAGAUGGACAAUCGGCCAAUGGGAGCUCCUGGAAUGGACAAUAUGGGACAAUUAGGAAAUAAUCAGAUGAACAACCCAAUGAGUGGAACCAUGGCAGGAUCCAUGGGUAUGAUGGGUGAUCGUUCAAUGGGAAUGCAGCAACACCCAAUGGGUAUGGGACAAAUGGGACAACAUCAGCAUCCCCAACCAGCUACCAGCAAUCCUGGUAACAACCCACAAAUGCAACGUAUGAUGAACCCGCCCGCGUAUUCUCAACAGGACAAGCAACGGAUGGAACAUUACCAACGCCAGCAACAACAACAACAACAACAACAACAAAUGCAGAUGCAGAACUACCAAUCGCAUAUGCAACACGCUCAGGCUCAUGUUCCAGUUCAAGCGCCGGCUCCAGCUCCGGCUCCAGUGAAACCAGCGCCAAAAAACAACUCCAGAAGGAAGAGAACGGUCAAUAAGGCUCAACUAGAUGAACAAGUUUCUGUUCCACCACAAAACUAUCAUUUCCAACCACCCCCGAGUUAUGGGUACCAGGGUAACAACAUGAUGGGAGGUCACCAAAUGAGCGGACAUCAAAUGCCAGCUACUCAACCGCUCCAACAUCAUUCGAUGAUGCACGGAGCUCCAGGAAGCUCGCAGGCCCCGUACACUAAUACGAAAUCCUCGGAAAUGGUUCGUUUGGAAUUGCGUAACUCCAUCCAGGCUAAACAACAAAAACAAAAAGAGCAACCACAAUUGGAGCAACAACAUCGUGUUCCGCCAGCAGCUCAGCCAGCUCAAAUGCAACGCGCCAUGCAACCAGAUCCAGCAAUGAUGAUGGGCAACCAUAUGGGACAACAAUAUCAAUAUGGUGGACAAAUGGGACAAGCCCAACAACCACCACAAUACCAUCAACCCUCUAACAUGGGACAAGCGGCGCCACAAAUGGGACAGCCUCAUCCACAAAUGCCAGAGAUGGGAAACUUCAACACGCCACAAGGUCAAGCUCAAUUGAACCAGAACACGCCGAUCUCAAGCGUGGCGAGCAACAGCUCUGCUAGCAGCUUGGACUUCCCAAAUGAGUUGGGGUUCUUUGACAUGCAGGACCCAGAACUACCGGUCUCCUGCGACAAACUUGAGGAGAACCUGAGGUCACUCCAAGUUCAUGACUUUGCUAUUCUCGGACGAUGCGCUUUUGACUUCUCCAACCAACAAACAAUCGACUUUGUCCGUCAAAUCCUUCUGAUGUAA